AUGACAGAAAAAUUCGAGUUUUUUGUAGUUAGUGGUAAGGUAAAAGACGGUUAUGAUUCGAAUGGACUUGCCGAUGUUUACGUUAAAAUCGGUUACAUCAAGAAAAGCUCUGAAAAACCAGAAUGGUUCUUAAAAACACCGGUAAUAAAGAAUUCUUUACUUCCACAUUGGGCUUUUAAGCAACAACAAGCAUUGGAUACAAGUAUCAUCAGUAAUAUAAGAAUCGAGAUGUGGGAUCAUGAUAUGAUUGGUUCUGACGACUUUAUCGGUGGACUUACACUCGAUGUCUCGAGUAUCCAAAACCUAACUGAAGAAGGAACUUUGCUUACCUAUCAUCUCACCAAUCCAGAUGCCAAAGAAGAGGCAUACAUGCCAAAAGCAACCGUCUACUUAGGAAUGUCAAAAUUAAAACAAUAA